AUUCUUCUGCAGACAGCCUUGUUUUUACCUGCUUUAGUUUAAUGCGUUUAUUGUAACAUCCAGUAAGUAGUGUUUGAUUGGGGAUUCUGGGAAUGAAUCAAACAUGGGGGGACAUGAUGAAUACGUAGCCGGGGGGGAGCGAGACCUUUAAAUUCCUCUCUCUGCAGCAGCUUUGCUGAGCUCAGAUGCAGAUGCAGAUCCCAUGCUAUAAAAAAAACCAGACCAGAGCCCGGUGUGUGAUGCUGAGUCAUGGAUUGUUGCCUUACAUCAUUGAAAUCAAUAGAGCUCAAGGCUGCUCUCCAGCCCGGCUCCGGAUGCUCCGCCGGACCGCCGUCCUCUGUUCAUGUGGACAUGUAAUUUCACUUAUUCGGAUGUGAUCCGCGAUACAUUAUUAUAUAAAGACUCCGGCAGCAGCAUCAGCGUCCGCGGUCCUCCCGCAUCCCCGUCCUACGAUGAUCGCUGCGGCGUUCCUGGUCCUGCUCCGACCCUACAGCAUCCAGUGCGUCCUUUUACUCUUACUGCUCCUGCUCGGAACCAUCGCCACGAUUUUGUUUUUCUGCUGCUGGCACCGCAGGCUCCGCAGCGGCAAGCAUCCCAUCAAGUCGGUGCUGUCGGGACGCUCGAGGAGCCGCGAAGUUGGUCUCCGGACGUAUCACUUCAGGUCAGAGGGCUACAGGCACAGCCCUCGCCAUGCCAGGCGGAGUACUCGGGUUCGAGUUCCCGAAGAAAACAAAGCUCUAGUGGAGAUCCCCGAGAGCGACCAGGACACCUCGGUGGUGAGGAAGCGCAAGGUGAAGAAGAGGGUCCAGCCAGAAUUCUACCAGUCUGUGCAAGUGACCCCGACACGCAAACCCAGCUCCGGGUCCGGGAACGCGUCGCUGCGCUGCUCCAUGUCCUCCUCGGCCGACCUGUCGGAUGACGGCGACGAUGCGAGCUUCAAGUCGGGCUCUAUGUCGCCGGCGCCCGGGGACACGCUGCCGUGGAACCUGCCGAGGCACGAGCGCUGCAAGCGCAAGAUCCACGGCGGAUCCGUGCUGGACCCGGCCGAAAGGGCAGUGCUGCGGAUCGCCGAUGAAAGAGACAGAGUACAAAAAAAGACAUUCACAAAAUGGAUAAACCAGCAUCUCUUAAAGGUACGGAAGCACGUGAACGACCUGUACGAAGACCUCCGAGAUGGACACAACUUGAUCUCGCUGCUGGAGGUCCUGUCGGGAGAAUCACUGCCACGCGAAAAAGGCCGGAUGCGCUUCCACAGGCUCCAGAACGUUCAGAUAGCGCUGGACUACUUGAAAAGACGCCAGGUUAAACUUGUCAACAUAAGGAAUGAUGACAUCACAGAUGGGAACCCAAAACUGACCCUGGGCUUAAUAUGGACCAUAAUUCUGCACUUUCAGAUCUCGGACAUCCAUGUCCCCGGGGGGUCGGAGGACAUGACUGCCAAGGAGAGGCUCCUGCUCUGGUCACAGCAGAUGACCGAGGGCUAUGUGGGAGUCCGCUGCGAAAACUUCACUACCUCCUGGAGAGACGGAAGGCUGUUCAGUGCCAUCAUUCACAAAUACAGGCCAGACCUGGUGGACAUGAGCAAAGUGUCCACACAGAGCAGCCGCUCGAACCUGGAACACGCCUUCUGUGUGGCGGAGAAGCUGGGCGUCGCCAGAUUGCUGGACCCUGAAGACGUGGACGUGCAGUCUCCGGAUGAGAAGUCCGUCAUCACAUACGUCUCGACGCUGUACGACGCGUUCCCCAAAGUGCCGGAGGGGGGCGAGGGCAUCGGCGCUAACGAUAUUGACAUCAAAUGGGUCGAAUAUCAAAAUAUGGUCAAUUACCUGAGCCAAUGGAUCAAGCAUCAUGUAGCAGUCAUGUCAAACAGAACGUUCCCCAACAAUCCAGCAGAACUCAAGGCGCUGUAUACUCAGUAUUUGCAAUUUAAGGAGACCGAAAUUCCCCUAAAGGAGAAUGAGAAGUCCAAAAUCAAGCACCUUUAUAAAAUGUUAGAGGUGUGGAUUGAGUUUGGCCGCAUACAGCUGCCUCCUGGCUACCACCCCAACGAUGUGGAGAAGGAGUGGGGCAAGCUCAUCGUGGCCAUGCUGGAGCGCGAGAAGAGCCUGAGGCCCGAGGUUGAAAGGAUGGACAUGCUGCAGCAGAUUGCAAACAGGGUUCAGCGGGAUUGUGUGGCUGGGGAGGACAAGCUGGCGUUGGCGCGAAACGCCUUGCAGUCUGAUGCGAAAAGACUGGAAUCCGGAAUCCAGUUCCAGAACGAAGCUGAAAUCGCUGGGUACCUUCUUGAGUGUGAGAACCUCUUGAGACAGCAGGUCGUAGACAUUCAGAUUCUCCUGGAUGGGAAGUUCUAUUUGGCAGACCAACUUGUUCAACGGGUAUCUCAACUCCGGGACGCUCUGCUCAACCUCAGGACCGAGUGCUCUUCGGUCUAUAGCAAGGGACGCACCCUGACCACAGAGCAGACCAAGAUGAUGAUCUCGGGGAUAACGCAGAGCUUGAACUCUGGCUUCUCCACGAACUUGAACACGGGUCUGACCCCUUCAUUGACCCCCUCACUGACCCCCGGGGGUCUGGUGACCUCUGGCACCACAUUCACCUCCAGCCUGACGCCGUGCCUCACCCCAUCACUCACGCCAUCGCUCACCCCAUCCCUCACCCCAUCGCUGCAGCCCAUGGUCAUUCAGACCGUGGACUCCAGCACCCUGCAGCACCUGAAGAGCCUGCAGAUCCGCAAGCCCCUGGGCAAGUCCUCUCUGUUGGACCCCAACUUGAGUGAGGAGGAAGUCAACAUGAAGUUCGUACAGGACCUCCUGAACUGGGUGGAGGAGAUGCAGGUGCAACUGGAUCAGGCAGAGUGGGGCUCAGAUUUGCCGAGUGUCGAGUCACAUUUGGAGAACCACAAAAGCGUGCACCGAGCGAUCGAGGAAUUUCAAAUGAGCCUUAAAGAAGCCAAAAUAAGUGAGAUCCAGAUGACCCAGCCGCUGAAGCUCAGCUACUCAGAGAAGCUGAGCAAGUUGGAAAACCAGUACGGGCGACUGCUGAACUCAUCAAGGAAUCGUCAGAAACAUCUGGAGAGCCUCUACGACUUUGUGUCGAGUGCCACCCAGGAGCUCAUCUGGCUCAACGAGAAGGAGGAGGAGGAGGUCGCCUUCGACUGGAGCGAGCGCAACAGCAACGUGUCCAAGAAGAGGGAGUACCAUGCCGAGCUGAUGAGGGAGCUGGAUGAGAAAGAGACAGCGAUCAAGUCUGUGCAGGAGAAGGCCGAGAUGCUGCUUCUGGAGAACCAUCCUGCCAGAUUAACCAUCGAAGCGUACCGGGCAGCAAUGCAGACCCAGUGGAGCUGGAUACUGCAGCUGUGCACCUGUGUGGAGCAGCACCUGAAAGAGAACAGUCAAUAUUUUGAGUUUUUCACCGAUGCCAAAGAGUCCAUGGAUUAUCUGAAGAACCUCCAAGACGCCAUCCAAAGAAAAUACGGCUGUGACCGAACAAGUAGCUUACACAGACUUGAAGAUCUGGUUCAGGAAUCUAUGGAUGAGAAGGAGCAGCUCCUUCAGUACCGCGGCACUGUGGCCGGACUGGUGGGCCGGGCCAAGACCAUUAUCCAGCUGAAACCCCGCAACCCUGAGAGCCCUGUCCGCACGUCCAUCCCCAUCAAAGCCAUCUGCGACUACAGACAGAUUGAGAUUACAAUAUACAAAGACGAUGAGUGUGUCCUAGCCAACAACUCGCACAGGGCUAAGUGGAAGGUGAUCAGCCCCACCGGGAACGAGGCCAUGGUGCCGGCCGUCUGCUUCUCCAUUCCUCCGCCGAACAAGGAGGCAGUGGACAUGGCUAGCAGGAUAGAACAGCUGUAUCAGAACGUCCUGGCGCUGUGGCACCGUUCCCACAUCAACAUGAAAAGCGUUGUCUCCUGGCACUACCUGAUGGCCGACAUCCAAGCCAUCCGCAAAAGCAACGUCGCCUCCAUCAAGACCAUGCUGCCAGGCGAGCAUCAGCAGGUCCUCAGCAACCUGCAGUCCCAUUUAGAGACCUUCUUGGAGGACAGCGAGGAGUCUGAGGUCUUCACUGUGGUGGACCGCACCCAGCUGGAGAGGGAGGUGCUGUCCUGCAGGGAGUACUACGAGGAGCUGCUGAAGUCAGCAGAGAGAGAGGAACAUGAGGAGUCGGUGUACAAUAUCUUCAUCUCAGAGAUGCGGAACUUCCGCAUGCGCCUGGAGGGCCAGGAGGAGCACCUGAUCCGCCAGAUCCGCACCCCGCUGGACCGGGACGACCUGCAGAAGAGUGUGAUGCGAAUCGCGGAGCAAGAGAGAGCAAAGAAAGAGCUGGACCGGCUGAAGGAGGAGCUGGAGGCCAUGCAGGAGAAGUGCGAGAUGUUCAUAAGCCAGGCGUCAGCCUCGCCCUCUGUGCCCAACCUCUCCUCUGAGCUCAGUAUUCUCAUUCAGAGCAUGAGCCAGGUCUACUCCAUGUCCUCCAUCUACCUGGAGAAACUGAAGACUGUGAGCUUGGUGGUGAAACACAGCCAAGAGGCAGAGGCCUUGGUGAAGCUCUACGAGGCCAAACUCUGUGAAGAGGAUGCAGUCAAUGCUGACGCCAAGACGAUUGAAGCGGUCAUGAGCACACUCAAGCAAUGGCGCACAGAGAUCGAUGAGAAGCGGGAGGUCUUCCAUGAAUUGGAAGAUGAGCUGCAAAAGGCCAGAGCCAUCAGUGACCGCAUGUUCAAGACGCACAACGAACGUGACUUUGACCUGGACUGGCAUAAGGAGAAAGCUGACCAACUUAGUGAGAGAUGGCUGAAUCUGCAUUCCCAGAUUGAGAACAGACUUCGAGAUCUGGAGGGCAUCAACAAGUCCCUGAAAUACUACAGAGACACGUACCACACCCUAGAGGAGUGGAUCAACGAGGUGGAGGCCACACAGUUGAAAGCACAGCAGAACCAGCUGGAGGACAGCAAGGCACUCGCCGAGCUCCUCAACCAGCAGAAGAUCCUUGUCUCAGAAAUUGAACAGAAACAAUGCAAGAUUGAUGAGUGCCAGAAGUAUUCAGAGCAGUACUCCGCUGCCGUCAAGGACUAUGAGCUCCAGCUGAUGACAUACAGAGCGAUGGUGGACUCCCAACACAAGUCGCCUGUGAAGAGACGGAGGAUGCAGAGCUCAUCAGAUGCCAUCAUACAGGAGUUCAUGGACCUCCGGACGCGUUACACCGCCCUGGUUACACUCAUGACACAAUAUGUGAAGUUCGCCAGCGAGACCUUGAAGAGGACAGAGGAGGAAGAGAAAUCUGUUGAGGAAGAGAAGAGAGAGCAUGGUGACAAGGUUAGCAAGUUAUUAAACUGGAUGUCCAGUGUGAAAACACACCUUAGCAAAGAAGAUGGUAAACCCAGCACAGACACGUCUAGUCAGCCCCAGGUUUCGAUGGAAGAGUUGGCCACAAAGAAAGAGCAGAUUGCGGAAGCACUACGGAGCACGCAGUUGAUGCUAACGAAGCACAGUGACAAAAUGACUGAGGAGGAGAGACAGGAGACCAAGGAACAACUCAAGGCUCUUCAUCAGGCCUACAGUGACCUGUCUCAACAGCGCAUUCAGCAAAGCUCCACAGCCGAGCCGGAUUUUCAGAACGUUGAAGGAAUUUUGGAUGUGGAAAGUGGAUCAGUCUUUUCACUCUGUCGCUCAGUGCAGAGUGGUCUUAUAGACCAGUCUACUGGGAUCAGUCUUCUUGAAGCACAGCUUAUAACAUCUGGACUGAUUAUACCAGAAUUCAGAAUGUGUCUGGACUUGGAAGAAGCUUACAAGCACAAUCUGGUGGAUGAGCCCACUUACCAGCAGUUGCAGGAUUUAAAUGAGGCAAACAACUGUAUCUUAAAUGGCUUGUAUGCUUUGGAACCUUUGCCCAUCAUAGCUGCAGUGAGAGAUGGUGUUAUUUCAGAACAGAUGGCCCUUAAGAUGAUCGAAAUCCAACUGGCGACAGGUGGGUUGCGAGUAACGUACACAGGGGAUGUCCUGAAUCUGGAAAAGGCUUUUCAGUAUGGACUGAUCCCCGCCUCACUGUUUGUCAAGAUCCUAGAGAGGCAAAACAACUGGAAGGAUUUGAUUGACCCCAACACAGCAGAAAAGGUUUCACUCAUCCAGCUUGUGCAGAGAAGCCUCAUUCAUGAAGAAACAGGCCUUCGACUGCUACCAGUGAAAAAAGGAAGAAAUGGAACCAUAUCCCUAAAGUCUGGUAGAGAGAUCAGCAUCCUGAGGGCUGUCCACGAAGGCUUCAUUGAUCGUGAAACCAUGCUGCGGCUUUUGGGAGCUCAGCUAUUUGCUGGUGGCAUCGUCGACCCUAAAACGGGUUGCAAGUUUACCAUUGAGGAAGCCUUGACAGAGGGUUUGAUUGAUCAAGACACCGCAAGUGGGAUACUUAGCCUUCAAGCCCAAAGCGGAGGCAUAGUCCAUCCUCACAAUGGCAAAAGGCUUACAGUCGAUGAAGCCGUUCAAUGUAAUUUAAUGAGUUCUAGCAGUGCACUCUUAGUCCUGGAAAAACAAAGGAGUUUUAUGGGUCUCAUAUGGCCACAUUCUGGUGAAAUUUUGACUGUAUCAUCCUCUCUGCAGCAUGAAAUAAUAACCAAUCAGCUUGCUUUCAGACUGCUGAAUAACAGGCAAAAAAUAGCAGCCUUUUACAUACCUGAAAACUCAGAAGUUGUUGGUGUUGAUGCUGCCACAGAGUCUGGACUUAUAGACAAGUUAACUUCUGAUGUGUUGAAAACAAUUGAAAUACCGGAUGUGUUCCCAGAUAUUGAUGAAUUGAAUGAUAAGUUUUCCACAUGGCUUUCUCUGCGGGACCUCCAAAUUGAAGGUUGUCAUCAAAGCACAGUAGAUCUAGAGAUCGAUGGGAAAAGCAUAGUUACUCCUUCACCUGCAGAAGCAAAGCAGUUGUUUAUUUCUUACCUUAUGAUGAACAGCUACAUGGAUCCCAAAUCAGGACAACGGCUUUUCAUAUUUGAUGGCCAAUUAAAUAAAAUGGCCAAACUUUUCAUAGAUAACAUUGUGGAUACAGGUCAAGAACUUCAUCAGAAUGCCAAUCAAAAUACUGAUGUCUCAGACUCGAAUGCCACUUUGGGAAAGGAUAUCAAUGAGAAAAUAAAUGAUGAAAGUCCAGAUGGUAAUGGUAGCUAUACUACAGUUAAACAACGCUUACACUUUAACAAAGAGAUGCAGAAGCUGCUGGAGAAACAGUGGACCCCAGAUGUACAUGAGGUUAUUCUGAAAGAGGGUGAGACUAGAUGCUGUGAAGAUGAGAGAGGAGUACAGUUAAAAAGUGACUAUGAAAUGAAUGACAAAACCAUCCACAAUGCGCAAGAUUUCCAAAGAUGUGAGAUUUCAUCUGAAAUCAGCCUUCAAACCCAAAAACAGACCAUCAGUCCCAUUGAGCCAAUCAUCUCUGAAGCUGAAUGUAGACCUUUCAAUGCUUCAGACAGCUUAGGUAGAGAUUCCAAACAAUACAAUAUUUUAAGAGAUGCUGUCAAAAUUGAGGAUAAAAGAUUGAGUCCUACAGCAUCCAGUUCGGAAUUAUACUAUGAUACAAACACAAGCUCAUUUUCUACUGAAACAAUCGCAGGAGCACAUUCCACUGGAUCUCCAGUUAAUCGGUCAAAGGAGGAGAACAGCACUGUGUCUGCAACAUUGCCAGCUGAGUCACAUUCAGCAGCUGAAAACCCCCCAGAAUGGCCAUAUUGUGAGGGAGUUUGGCAGGAGAAAGGAGAGAGAGAAUAUGCUAUUCAUCUUUUGAAAGCUCAAGUGGAAGAAGGAGGAAUUUUAGAUGUCACAUCUGGAAAGCGAUACAGUUUGAAUGCUGCCCUCAGCAAAGGAUUAGUUGAUGAAGAGACCACUUUAGAGGUUUUAGCGUUACAGUUCCAAAAUGAAAGCGUCAUUGGUAAUCAAACCCGCAGCAUUGAAAUUCUCAAAGAAGCUGUAGCAAAGGGCUCAAUAUCUUCACAAGUAGCACUGCAGAUUAUGGAACAGCAGAAAAUUCUUGAGGGCUUCUGUGAUCCACAGUCUGGAAAGUCCGUAAGUAUUAGUGAGGCUUUGGAGCAAGGCCUUAUUUCUGAUGACUUAGCAGAAAAAUUUUUCAAAUCAGACAAAGCAAUAGAAAAUACUCCUGAAGAGCAAAGUUCAGCCCUACUGGAAGGCCCAGUUGCUACUCGUGUACAAGAAAAGUGGGAUGUUUUAGCUGGUCAUGUAAGUAAAGAAUAUGCAGAUGCAAAGAUGUCAACAAAGACUGUAAAUACAGAGCAAAUAUGUGGAAUAGGUGCACAGGCUGAAGGGGUGUAUAGGGAAGAUAUAGAGUAUAUAUCCGUCGACACAAAACCAAUGAAGUACGCUUCUGAAGGGUCAUUACAUUCAGACGCUGUGAGUAAAGGACUUGAAGUUAGAUCGGCGAUUCCCUCUGUUUGCUCCAAUGAGGACUUCGGGCCAACUGAAAAUUCUGGUUUGAAAGGCCUUACUGGAGAGAAUGCAACUGAUCAUGCUGUCAUUCAAAGUCCCAUCCAUAUGAAGGAAGCAUCUCGUAGCAGUUUGAAUGGUUUUGGUGGGAGUGUUGGAGGAGCAACCAAAGAGUCAAAUGAUACAUUAAAUCAUGUGGAGCUAGGAGGCUCAUCAGGAAGUUGUAUAUUGCUUAGUAACCCCGUUCCUGAGCACCUCUCUGUCAGUGCAGAUGAUAGAAAAAGUGAAAAAGAAUAUAAUGACUACGAUGCAAAUCAGAAAGUAAAUCUGUAUCCGGGUAGUUCUUCACUUGUCUUCAGCGAUAACAGCAAUACCUUGACUGAGAGCGUUCAGAAUGCUGAUGGUCACAACAUCACUGGAAAAAAUGUAUCUGAAGUGGACUGCCAUACAUCAACAUUAAUAAGUUCAGACAAUGUUUUGAAGCGUGCAGUGUCAGAUGAUGUUCCAUGUAAUAUUUCAACAUCAGUAAAUUCAGUGGCUUUUUUGAAUAAUGCCGUAUCGAAUGAUGCUGUUCCGGUCGAUCUCCAGAAUGAAACUGUGCUCUUGAACCCUAAAAGGUCUGAUUUUUCACCCAGAAGUAUAAUGCUUCAACAACCCAUUUUAAUGGAUGAUGGAGAAACUGAUGAUGUUUCCUCUUGUUAUGAUGUUUAUCCCACUGAGAGUGAGGAGCAUAAGCAAGGGGAGGUGAGUAAGGAGGAAUGUUAUGCUCAAGGUGACCAAUCGAAUGGCGAAAAGGAUGAAAAAUGUCCUGAAUCACUAAAAGUAACUUUGGGAGGAAGUAUAAAUAUGACUUCAACACAGAUCACCAAAGUGCCCAAUUCCACUGUAAACAGCUUAAUGAAAACAGAAAUGUACAAAGCCUCAGAUGGACAUUUAAUGUGGAGUGAGAUUUCACAGCUUCAUUUGGAAGAAGAUGUACAGAAGGAACCACCUCCAAAAAUACAGUCUUCAGAAUUUUUGGCCAAUUUGCCCAAUACUCCCCACAAGGAUAUAAGCACAAUAGGUAACCAUGGGCACAGUGAUCAUGAGAUGCCACGUGUUCCUCAUUCAAUGUCCACAGGCAUGUCCACACCAUGUCCAGAACACACCUCUGAGAAGGAAAGCUCAGGAAGUGCUGUCAAUGUAAUGUGCAUCACUGAAAACCCAAUGAAUGUUGCUGUUGAAUCUGUCUAUGAAGUAGAAGGAUGUGGCACAAAUGACUCCAGAGAAGAUUAUGGCUGUCAGAACAAGUUACUAACUGAAGGAGCCCAGGCAAUAGUUGAUGCUGUUUCGCAUGUGGAAAAUCAUGCAUCGAAGAAAAGUUGUGGAGAUUCCCAGGGUCCAGCAAUGCCCACCCACCACGUUCUUAAUUUGGGAGUUGAAACAAAGCUUGAAAGAAUCUCUCAGAGUAGAGGGAUUGAUGAUGAACAAAAUUCAAGUGGGACAGAUGAGUUACCAGUUCAGUGUCACCGUUCAGUGUCAAGUGUCAUUUUAGAGCAAAUGGAAGGAAACCUUUUGAAGGAAAGUUUAGUAAGAAAGAGCACCGAAUGCUGCCCCCAGUCAAAUCCAGACAUCAGCCAUGAACAGAAAACAAGCUGUGCUGAUGAUCAAAGGCUUGAUUCUGUGAAGUGGAGCGAUCUAGAUUUUGACAGUGCCCGGUUGGAGUCUAAUGCUUCAAAUUCUAGGGCCAUACUGACUGAUAACAUCACACCACCGUCUGAAGAGAUGAUGAAGAGUAGCCAUUGUGAGCAAGUUCAGAGAAACUUAGAGGUUGUGAAAGUUAAUGAAAUUGAGAAAUUUGAGUCCCAGACCAUUGGAGAUGUCAGAAUAGUCCAGAAUACCCCUGAAAUCAUCCCCAAGACCCCCAGAAGCCCAAAUAGUUUAGGUACCAUUUAUGAAGAAGGAGAAUCUGUCUCAAGUAAAACUGCAGGCUUACUCAGUGACUUUUCGAAACAGGAAGUUCCAUACUCAUGUGAUCCAAAGCAGUUUGGAGAUCUGGAAGAGCCCCUCAACGAAGGAUUAUUUCAAGGGGCAUCUUCCAAUGUCAAGGAGCAGCUCACAUCUCAGCUGCUGCAGGUCAUUCAGUCGGUGUCAUCGGGUGCAGAAACAGCCAUGCUGAAGGACAUCAUUGGGAAACUUACUCACGCCCUGGAGAACCCUUGUGAUGAGGAUGACCGCAGCAAGAUGCACAGUGAUGAGACUGGAAAUCAACCCGCUGAAGAGGAUGCUGGGCCAAGUCAGGGAAUCGGCCUCUCCACGGCCUCCCCUGGGCAUCUGCUCACCCAUGGUUCGGCAGCGAGCACAGAGGGUGAUGACGACAACACAAAAAUCAAGUCCAGUAUGCAGUCCUCCACUCAGAACUAUUUAGAGUGUGUGGGGAGACUUCAGGAUCAUUCAGAUGCUUUGGAGGAGAUUAAAAAUGAGUUGGAGGCACAAGGUCUAUUAAGCAGCAGCAUGGAAGGUUUACACACUCAGCUGGAGGAAACUAAGUCGCUAGAGUCGCAACUUUCCGCCCUGGCUGCCUUUCUAACCAGCGAUCUGGUGGCUGCGGAGCAACUCCUGUGGUCUGCUAACAGACACAUCCCCACGCAAAUCUGCCAAGACCUGGCCACGGCUUUUAGAGACGUGCAGCUCACGUUUUCCGAAGUUCGCGCAAUGUCUUCUGAAAGGGAGAGUGUUAUAAGACAGGCCAUUGACAGAGAAAAGUUGCACUUGGAUUCCUCAUUCCACGACCUCCUAAGCUCCCUUCAGAACAUCUCCGCUUUUAUUGAUGACACUUCCGAUGUUGCCUCCAAACUUGGUAUUGCAAACACGGAUGACUUGGACACAGUGAAGGACCAAAUUGAGCAAAAUGAGGAUGUGGAGAGAAGUUUGUCGGGCACUCGGCAGCAGCUGGAGGACGCAGCAUUUGAGGUCCAGAACUUUAUAUCGGAGAACGCCCAAGUCCUCAGCCCGUCACAGAGUAGGAGUCUCCUGAAGACUCUCAGUGCUACUCAGAGGGCCUUCAAGGAUCUUACAGAGGAGGUUUCUACUCAGCGGAACACCCUCAAGCUCCAACUGGAGAUCAGGGUGGACCAGAAUGAGCAGAAGAGCGUCGUGGAGAAGCAGAGGGAGUACGCAGAAAAGCUCCAGGAGGUGUGCGACAGCCUGACCCAGACCGAGAACAAGCUCAUUGGACACCAGCAGAUGGCCCUGAGCAGAGACAGCAUGGGGGACCUGCAGCAGUAUCAGCAGGAGCAUCAGGCCCUGCAAAAGGAUGUCCAGGCCAACGCCGCUGCCUUGGCGGAGGUCGUCACCAGCACCAAGAAGUUCCUGGAGGACAACCGGAGCAGGCUGAGCCCGGAGCAGAUCGCCACCAUCGAGAGCAAGCUGGAGGAAGCCAAGGCCAAGUAUAAGCUGCUAAACCAGAGAGCCGAGGACUCGAGAAAAGACCUGGAGAAGGUUGUGACGACCGCCAUUAAACAGGAGACCGAGAAGGUUGCUGCUGUGGAGCAGAUAGAAGAGAGCAAAACCAAAAUCGAGGGUCUUCUGGACUGGAUAUCCAACAUCGGGAAGGACAAGGAGAAGGAAGGGAGUGGCAAGGAUGAGCUCACCAAGCAGAACGGCAACGUGGCGCUGGAAACUGCGGAGAAGAGCUUGCUCAGGUGCGAGGACGACGCCAAUGGGAACAUCUCCGUUACGGACAGGAAAGGAGACGACACUCAAGAGCUGGACUUGGACAAGCAGUGUGACCGGGUCAAGGCCCAUUACCAGGAGAUCCUGUCCCAGCAGCAGGACCUCAUUAUUGCCACCCAGUCAGCGCAAGCCGUGCUGGACAAGCAGGCCCAAGUGCUGUCCCCGCAGGAGAAGGAGAAGCUCCAGCGGGACAUCCAGGAGCUGCGCGACCGCUACGAGGCCUCCCUGGCCCAGGCCGAGCUGCAGGUGAAACAGGUGCAGUCCGUGCAGGAGGAGCUGCGCAAGUUCCAGGGCGACUGCUGCGAGUUUGAGGGCUGGCUGGACGAGGCCGAGGCCGAAGUGUCGGGGCUGGGGUCGCCGACGGACCGGCCGGACGUCCUGGCCGACAAGCUGCAGCGGCAGAGGAGUUUCUCCGAGGACGUGAUCUCGCACAAGGGCGACCUGCGCUUCAUCACCAUCUCGGGGCAGCGCGUGUUGGACGCGGCCGAGGCCUGCGGUCGCGCGGACGCCAACGGGAGGGACGGCCAGCUGGGCGUGGAUACCUCGAGGACCUGCGCGUCCGUGAAGGAGCGGCUGGAGGCGGCUGCCGUCCGCUACAAAGCGGUCCAUUCCGAGUGCAACCAGCUGGGCAGCAAGCUCAAAGACGUGGUGGACAAAUACAAGAAGUACGAGGACACGGCCGGCAGCCUCCUGAAGUGGCUCGACGGCUCGGAGGAGGAGGCGAGGAGGCAGCAGUCGGACCCAAUCGCCGCAGAUCCCCAGACUCUGCAGAAACAGCUGGAGGAGACAAAGGCCCUGCAAGGACAGACAUCGGGACGCCAGGGUGCCGUGGAGACGCUCCGCAAGGUGGCCGACGCCCUGCUCACGGCCGAAGGGGACCUGCUGACCAACCAGGACGAGAUCCAGGAAACAGUUGACGACAUCGCCGAGAGGUAUGAUAACCUGGCCAAAUCGGUGAGCGACCGCAACGAGAGGCUGCAAGUCACUCUGACGCGUUCGCUCAGCGUUCAGGACAGGCUGGACGAGAUGAUGCACUGGAUGGAGGGUGUGGAGAAGAGCCUGGAGAAACACGACCCAGUGCCUUUGAACUCGGGCGCCGUCGGAGACCUGCUCAGCAAGGAAGCGGCCCUGGAACAGGACAUUACAAGCCGUCAGAGCAGCAUCUCGGCCAUGAAGGCCAAGGUGAAGAAGUUCAUAGAAACUGCGGAGCCAUCCGCGGCGGCGGCGCUUCAGUCCAGGAUGGACGCCCUGUCACAGCGCUUCUCCGACGCCAGCGCCCAGCACAAAGAGAAGGUGAAAAAACUGGAGCAGCUUAGGGACAAGGUGGAGCUGUUCGAGAAGACUUCAGAGAAGGUGCAGCAGUUUGUGGCCAAGCGCUCGCAAGAUCUGUCCGAGACAGAAGGACCCGGGACGAAUGUGAACGAACUCUCCCAGAUGAUGCAGGACACUAACGCUGAGUUACGGGAACACACCAAGGACAUGGAGAUGCUGCAGAAGCUGUCCGGCGAGCUGUCUGAGAUGGGUCCGGAGGACAGCAAAGCUCAGAUUCGGGGCAAGAUGGAGAGCCUGUCUAACAGCUUCAAGACCUUCAAAGACACUGUGAAAGAGAAGGAGGAAGAGGUUUCUUCUUGCCAAGAUCAGCUCGCUGAGUUCAAGUUGGCCUCAGGAGCCCUCAGGAAGUGGAUUGACGAGUCAACGGAGAAAGUACCGGUCAUCCAGCCCUCCUGCAGCGAGGAGGGCAUGGCCAGGGACCUCCAGAGAGUCAGUGCCUUACUCGAAGAAUGGACUUCCAAGGCGUCCGCUGUGCAAGAUAUAAAUAGUAAAGGAUCUGCUCUUUGCAGCCUUAUCAGUGUUCUGACAUCUCCAGCCAAAACCAAGAACAAGUCAGGCUCUGCUGUUAUAAAUGGCUCUGGGUCUGGGACUCAUGCCUAUCUGACCAACAAAGAGCUGAUGACUGUCCAGCAAAACAUUUCGUACAUCAAUGACGGUUAUGAGAAGCUUGGUGACCUUCUGCGGGGCAGGGCCAGCGAGCUGAACAGUGCGAUGCUGAGGGUUCGAGAAGCCCGGGCGGAUGCUGACUCUCUGAUCAGCUGGUUGGAUGACAUGAAGAAGACUGCGGCAGGAUGGGAUGCGGUGUCCACUGAGGCCAACUCCAUGAAAACCCAAGUGGAGCAGCAUAAGGCUUUUGAAGAAGAUAUGAAACAAAAGGAGGAGAAGUUUCAGCAGCUACGAGAGAAGCUCCUGAAACUGAUCCAGGAUUAUCCUGAUUCUCCCGAAGUUGGAAAGUGGAAGCAGAUUCUGAACCAGAUAGAUGAAGCCUGGAAGGACGUCAGAAAGUCGGUGGAGGACAGGAAGCAGCGGUUGGAAGAGUCCUCGCGCCAUCUGGAACAGUUCCGGACAGCUGAGGAGCAGCUCUGCCAGUGGCUUUCGGAGAAGGAGCUCAUGAUCAGUGUGUUGGGGCCCCUCUCUGUGGACCCCAACAUGCUCAACACACAGAAGCAGCAAGUCCAGAUUCUGCUGAAUGAGUUUAACGGCCGGAAGCCACAGUACGAGCAGCUGAAUGAUGCCGCUACCGCCAUUAUGAGUUCUCCCAAUGAGAAGGACCCAUCAUAUGAUGUGGUGAGGGAUCGACUGGCUGCCGUGACCCAGAAGUGGCAGGUCCUCACUGGCCAGCUGGACCAACGGUCCGAGCGCAUCGACCAGGCGUUGGACAAGACCAUGGCAUUUCAUGGCCUUCUCAAGAGUCUCAGUGACAGUGUGGCCAACCUGGAUACUCAGCUCCAGAGCCAGCAGGGUCUCAGCAGCCAGCCAGAUGCCGUCAAGAAGCAGCUGGAAGCGGCCAACGCCGUCUCAGCCCAGCUGCGGGAGGAGAGGAAGAGGGUCAAAGAGGCCGAGGCCUUGUGCUCAGAUCUCGCUGCUUUGGUUGGCGAGGACUAUCUGAAGGCUGACCUAAAUCGGCAGCUGGAAGGUGUCACCAAACCAUUCAGGCAGCUUGAGGAGAAAGCAGGGAAGAGGAUACAGCAACUCAACUCAGCCUUCGCCAGCUCUCAGCAGUUCCAUCAGAUGUCCAAGGACUUCCAAGGAUGGCUGGAUGAGAGGAUGCAGGAGCAGUCUAAACCCUGCCCAGUUUCUGCAAAAGUGGAAGCUCUGCAGCAGAGUCUCAAGGAGCAAGAGUCCUUCCAGAAAGUGCUGAGGGAACAGGAGGUGCCCUAUGAAACUAUUGUCAAGGAAGGCGAGGCUCUCUUGCAGAAUACAGAAGGGGCAGAGAAAGUGGCAUUGCAGGGACAGCUCUCUGCACUGAGGUCCAACUGGGAGGAGGUUAGGAAGAGCUCCACUGAUAGCAUGGAAAAGCUUCAGACAGCCCUGCAGAGGGCCGAAAAGUAUGUUGAGCAUGUGGAGAAGCUGAGCUCCUGGAUCGAAGAGAGCGAGGCCAACAUUGACAGAGUGAAUCUCAGCAUUGACCCAGCAGAAGUUGAGAUCUCCUCCUCACGGGUGAAGGACAUCCAGAAAGACCUGGACAAGCAUCGAGUCCUGGUGGAGAUGAUGAACAAUGCCGCUGAUAGCCUGUUGGAAGUGGCGAAAGCUGAUACCGAGGUUGUCAGGAAUGAGAAGGCCUCCAUCAACCAGAGGAUAGAGAGCAUGACUGAGAAGUUGCAAGAGAAGAAGGAGUCUUUGGAUAAGAUUUGCCAGAGACUGAAGGAGUUCAAUGAGACCCAUAAGGAGGCCAAGGGUCAGCUUGCUGGUGCUAGAAAGCAACUGGAGACUCAUGAAACCUUGGGCACCCAGGCUUAUAGCAACAAAAACCUUACUAAUAUGAAAGCCCAGCAGAAAGCACUAUCUGGAGUUCAAACACAAGUUGACCAGUUGAAGAGUCUGGCUCAGGGUCUGGUGGUUGAUGUCCCAGAUGCUGAGGGAGUGACUGACCUCCUGUUGCAGGCCGACAGCCUGGAGAAGGAGUACAGCUCUGUCAGCAAGGAGAUGGAGGAGAAAUGUUCGUCCCUGGAAGGAAAAUUGCAAGGCAUCGGACAGUUUCAGAACAGCAUCCGGGAGAUGUUUGCUCGGUUUGCAGACCUGGAUGAUGAGUUGGAUGGAAUGGCAGCUGUGGGUCGAGAUCUAGAUACCUUGCGCUCGCAGAAGGAUGACAUCAAGAGCUUCGUUGCCAAACUCCGUGAACUGACGACAAAUACUGCCAACGCUAGCGAUAGCUGCAAGAAGAUGCUGGAGAAUGAGGCCUCACCAGAUCUGCAGGGCCUGAAGCGUGACCUGGAAGCCUUGAGCAAGCAGUGCAGCAAACUUAUGGACAGAGCAAAGGGUCGGGAGGACCAGGUGGAGAGCACCCUCACCCGUGUGGAAGAGUUGUACCACAAACUACAGCAGUUUGCAGAGAAGCUGGGCAAGGCUGAGAGGCAGGAGGAGUCCCAGGAGCCAGUCGGCAUGGAGAUUGAGGUCAUCAACCAUCAGCUGAACGCAUUUAAGGUCUUUCAGAAAGAUGAAAUCGAGCCGCUACAGGCCAGCCUGCAGGACCUCAACAGCCUUGGUCAGGGUCUCAUCCAGAGUGCUGCCAAGAACACCAGCACACAGAGCCUUGAGCAGGACCUGGAGGAUGUCAACACCAGAUGGAAUACCCUGAACAAAAAGGUCGCCGAGAGGUCGGCCAAGCUGCACGAAGCCCUGUUGCAUUGUGGGAGGUUCCAGGAUGCCCUGGAAUCCCUGCUCAGUUGGCUGACAGACACGGAGGAGCUGGUGGGCAACCAGAGGCCCCCCUCGGCAGAAUUCAAAGUAGUGAAAGCGCAAAUUCAGGAGCAGAAACUUCUACAGCGGCUGUUGGACGACCGCAGGCCUACGGUGGAGCUGAUUAAACAGGAAGGCGGGAAGGUGUCUGACCUCGCAGAGCCUGCAGACAAGGAGAAGAUCAUUAAGGAGAUAGACAGCCUAGGCCAGAGAUGGGACGCUCUUCUCAAGAAAGCAGAAGCCAGGCACAAACAGCUCGAAGGCAUCCUGGUGGUGGCGCAGCAGUUCCACGAGACCUUGGAGCCCCUGGUCGAGUGGCUGAGUGCCACCGAAAAACGUCUGGCCAACUCCGAGCCUGUCGGAACCCAGACCAAGAAACUGGAGGAGCAAAUUUCCCAGCACAAGGCUUUAGAGGAGGAGAUUAUGAGUCACAGUAAAAACCUGCACCAGGCGAUCAGUCUUGGUCAGAUGCUCAGAACAAUGAGCUCCGCAGACGACAAGGAGCUGGUCCAGGCCAAGCUGGAUACGGCUCAGACGAACCACAUUGAGCUGCAGGAGAGGUGCCGGCGCAGGGCUGAGAUGCUGCAGCAGGCCUUGUCUAAUGCUCAUCUCUUCGGGGAGGACGAGGUGGCUCUCAUGACCUGGCUCAGCGAAGUGCACGACCGACUGAGCCAAGUGUCCGUCCAGGACUACAGAGCAGAAGUGCUCGAAAAGCAGGCGGCAGAGCAGCUGGCGCUUCACGAGGACAUUGAGCUCCGAAGACAGAAUGUUGACCAAGCAAUUUCUAAAGGAUUGGAGCUGCUGAAACAAACAACAGGCGAUGAAGUUCUAGUCAUUCAAGGGAAGCUAGAAGGAAUCAAGACAAGGUAUGCAGAGAUCAAUGCAAUGAGCAGCAAUGUGUCCAAGACCCUGGAUCAGGCACUGUCCCUGGCUGUGAAGUUGCAACACACCCAUGAAGACCUGACCCUCUGGCUGGACAAAGUAGAAGCUGAACUUGAGGCAUUUGGAGCCCAGACCAUGGUAGGAGAGCAGCUCGCCCAAGCCCAAGACAGACAGAAGGAGUUGCUCCAGGAGGCCAAAGAUCACAAAUCGCAGCUGGACGCCCUGAACGAGGUGAGCAGCGCCCUUCUGGAGCUGGUGCCUUGGCGGGCACGCGAGGGACUAGACAAACUGGUGACGGAGGACAACGAGCGCUACAGGCAGGCCAGCGACACCGUCGGGCAGCACGUGGACCAGAUCGACGCUGCCAUCCUGAAGUCGCAGCAGUUUGAGCAGGCGGCCAACAAUGAGCUUGCCUGGCUUACUGAAGCUGAGAGGAAGUUGGCGUCGCUGGAAGAGAUUCGGCUCGAGCAAGACCAGACCACGGCUCAGCUGCAGGCGCAGAAGACCUUCUCAAUGGAUAUCCUGAGGCACAAGGAUGCUGUCGACGACAUCGUGAAAACGGGCGAGGCCAUCAUGAGCACCAAGGAUGAAGAAGAGAAGCAGCCUUUACGGGACAAGAUCCAGGCUCUGAUGGAGAAGUACAAUGCUGUGAGUCAGUUGAACUCGGAGCGCUGCCUUCAGCUGGAGCGCGCCCAGUCGCUGGCCAGCCAGUUCUGGGAGACCUACGAGGAGCUGUGGCCUUGGCUCCAGGAGACUCGCGCCAGCUUCGACCAGCUGCCCAUGCCUGCCAUCGAGUACGAGGCCCUCAAGCAGCAGCAGGAGGAGCUGAGGCAAAUGCGGGAGCUGAUCGCCGAGCACAAGCCGCACAUCGACAAGAUGAACAAGACGGGGCCGCAGCUGCUUGAGCUCAGUCCUGUGGAGGGGCAGUCCAUCUUGGAGAAGUACUCUGCUGCCGACAUGCAGUACACCCAGCUGAAGGCUGACGUCAAGCAGAGGGCAUCUGCACUGGAUGAGGCCAUCUCCAAAUCCACCCAGUUCCACGACAAGAUCGACCCCAUGCUGGAGUCCCUGGAGCGAAUCGUGGAGCGGCUCCGCCAGCCUCCCUCCAUCUCUGUAGAGGUGGAGAAGAUCAAGGAGCAAAUUGCGGAGAACAAGGCUGUGUCUGUGGACCUGGAGAAGCUCCAGCCAGCCUACGAGACCCUGAAGCAGCGUGGGGAGGAGAUGAUCGCCCGCUCUGAGGGGGCAGACAAGGACAUAUCCGCUAAAGCUGUGCAAGACAAGCUGGACCAGAUGGUGUUCAUCUGGAAUGACAUCCAGGCACUGCUGGAGGAAAGGGAAGCUAAGCUCCUGGAUGUGAUGGAUUUGGCUGAGAAGUUCUGGUGUGACCACUGCGCCCUCAUCGUCACCAUAAAGGACACCCAGGACCUUCUGAAGGAUCUUGAGGAGCCUGGCGUUGAUCCCUCGGUGGUAAAGCAGCAGCAAGAGUCUGUGGAGAGCUUCAAGGAAGAUAUAGAUGGACUCCAGGACGAAUUGGAUGUGGUUCACAACCUAGGGGCAGAGCUCAUGGCUGCUUGUGGGGAGCCGGACAAGCCUGUCAUCAAAAAGAGCAUCGAUGAGGUAAACUUGGCCUGGGAGAACCUGAACAAGAGCUGGAAGGAGAGGGUUGAUCGGCUUGAUGAGGCCAUGCAGACAGCAGUCCAGUUUCAGGACAGCCUUCAGGGCAUGUUUGACUGGGUGGACAUCAUCGAGGGCAAACUGGACUCAAUGCCGCCUGUGGGGACUGACCUGGAGACGGUGAAGCAGCAGAUUGAGGAGCUGAAGGAGUUCAAGAGUGAAGCCUACCAGCUGCAGAUUGAGAUGGAGAGACUCAACCACCAGGCCAGCCUUCUGUUGAAGAAGGUCGCAGAGGAAGUGGACCGAUGUGCCAUCCAGGAGCCCAUGACGGAACUCAAAAUGCUGUGGGACAACCUGGAUGACAAGAUUAUAAACAGACAGCACAAGCUGGAGGGCGCUCUUCUGGCCCUCGGACAGUUCCAGCACGCACUGGACGAACUUCUGACGUGGCUGACCCACACAGAGGAGCUGCUCAGCGAGCAGAAGAAGACCAGUGGGGACCCCAAAGCCAUCGAGAUUGAGCUUGCCAAGCAUCACGUGCUGCAGAAUGACGUUUUGGCUCACAAGUCCACUGUGGAAGCUGUCAAUAAGGCUGGCAAUGACUUGAUGGAGUCCAGCGCUGGGGAGGAGGCCAGCAGUCUUCAGAGCAAGCUGGAGAACCUCAACCAGCGCUGGAAGGCCAUCCUGGAGAAGACAGAGCAGAGGAGACUACAUCUGGACAAGGCCUUGCUCCAGGCCCAAGGUUUCCACGGCGAGAUUGAAGACAUGCAACAGUGGCUGAAAGACACGGAGCGUCAGCUGUUAGCAUCAAAGGCAGUUGGAGGUUUACCAGAAACGGCCCGGGAGCAGCUUAAUGCCCAUCUGGAGCUUUGCAGUGCUCUGGAGGCCAAGGAGGAGCUGUACCAGCAGCUCUUGCAGAAGGGCCAGCAACUCCUCACCAUGGUCCACGAAGGCCAGGACAUCAACACUGAACAGGACCUCCGCAACCUACAGGAGAAGUGGGAGUCUGUGCAGACUAAAAUAGCGGAGAGGAAGACCAAACUGGAGGAGGCCCUGGCACUCGCCCUGGAGUUCCACAACUCCCUGCAGGAGUUCAUCAACUGGCUGACUCAAGCGGAACAGAGCCUGACCAUGGCCUCCCCCGCGUCCCUCAUCCUAGAGACCAUCAUGUUCCAGAUCGACGAGCACAAGGUUUUUGUGACGGAGGUGAACGCCCACCGUGAGCAGAUUAUCGAGCUGGACAAGACGGGUACGCACCUCAAGUACUUCAGCCAGAAGCAAGAUGUGGUGCUGAUAAAGAACCUGCUAAUCAGUGUGCAGAGCCGCUGGGAAAAGGUGGUGCAGAGGUCCGUGGAGAGGGGCCGUCUACUGGAUGAUGCCAGGAAGCGGGCCAAGCAGUUCCAUGAAACCUGGAACAAACUCACAGAAUGGCUGGAGGAAUCGGAGAAGGCCUUGGACUCUGAACUGGAGAUUGCCAAUGAUCCAGACAAGAUCAAGAUGCAGUUGGCCCAACACAAGGAGUUCCAGAAAGCUCUGGGGAGCAAGCACUCGGUGUAUGACACUACGAUCCGCACGGGCCGAGCGCUCAAAGACAAGACGUCGCUGCAGGACGACACCCAGAAGCUGGACGACAUGCUGAGCGAGCUGCGGGACAAGUGGGACACGGUGUGCGGCAAGUCCGUGGAAAGGCAAAACAAGCUGGAGGAGGCCUUGCUCUUCUCGGGCCAGUUCACGGACGCCCUGCAGGCGCUCAUCGACUGGCUGUACAAGGUGGAGCCCCAGCUGGCCGAAGACCAGCCAGUCCAUGGGGACAUUGACCUGGUGCUGAACCUCAUCGACAGCCACAAGGUCUUCCAGAAGGAGCUGGGCAAGCGAACGGGCAGCGUGCAGGCUCUGAAGCGCUCGGCCCGCGAGCUCAUCGAAAAUAGCCAUGACGACUCCUCGUGGGUCAAGGUUCAGAUGCAGGAGCUGAGCACACGCUGGGAGACGGUGUGCGCCCUCUCUGUGUCCAAGCAGGCGCGGCUGGAGCAGGCACUGUGCCAGGCAGAGGAGUUCCACUCCACGGUCCACAUCCUGCUGGAGUGGCUGGCCGAGGCCGAGCAGAGCCUGCGUUUCCAUGGCGCCCUGCCCGACGACGAGGAUGCCCUCCGUGCUCUUAUUGACCAGCAUAAGGAGUUCAUGAAGAAGCUCGAGGAGAAGCGUGUGGCUCUGACCAAAGCUACUAGCAUGGGUGAAGCCAUCCUGGCCAUAUGCCACCCGGACUCCAUCACCACCAUCAAGCACUGGAAUACCAUUAUUAAAGCACGAUUUGAGGAGGUCCAGGCUUGGGCAAGGCAGCACCAGCAGAGGUUAAGCAGCGCCCUGAGUGAGCUACUUGCCACCCAGGAGUUGUUGGAGAAGCUACUAGGCUGGCUGCAGUGGGCCGAGACCACCUUGAACGAGAAGGACAAGGAGCCCCUGCCUCAAGAGAUCGAGGAGGUCAAGGCGCUCAUCGCCGAGCACCAGACUUUCAUGGAAGAAAUGACUAGGAAACAGCCAGAUGUUGAUAAAGUCACCAAGACUCACAAAAGGAAGGCGGAAACCCCAAUGCAGUCCCAAAUCCCUGUCCUGGACAAAAGUCGAACUGGAAGAAAGCGUUCACCCACGCAAGGAAUGUACCCAUCAGCAUCCCAGGCCCAAAUUGAGACCAAGAACCCCAGAGUCAAUCUCUUGGUCAGCAAAUGGCAACAAGUGUGGCUGCUGGCCCUGGACCGCCGAAGGAAGCUCAAUGAUGCAAUGGACAGACUGGAGGAGUUGAAGGAGUUUGCCAACUUUGACUUUGACGUUUGGCGGAAGCGAUACAUGCGCUGGAUGAAUCACAAGAAAUCUCGUGUGAUGGACUUCUUCCGCCGCAUCGACAAGGACCAGGAUGGCAAGGUCACGAGGCAGGAAUUCAUUGAUGGCAUCCUUUCCUCCAAGUUCCCCACCAGCCGGUUGGAAAUGAGCGCUGUGGCAGACAUCUUUGACCGAGACGGAGACGGCUACAUUGAUUACUACGAGUUCGUGGCCGCCCUUCACCCCAACAAGGACGCAUACAAACCUCUCACCGAUGCAGACAAAAUUGAGGAUGAGGUUACACGACAAGUGGCAAAGUGUAAAUGUCCGAAGCGAUUCCAAGUGGAGCAAAUCGGAGCCAACAAAUACCGGUUCUACCUUGGAAAUCAGUUCGGAGACUCUCAGCAGCUGCGUCUGGUGCGGAUCCUCCGCAGCACGGUCAUGGUUCGAGUGGGAGGCGGUUGGAUGGCGCUGGACGAGUUCCUGGUGAAGAACGACCCGUGUCGAGUUCAUCACCACGGGAGUAAAAUGUUGCGCUCGGAAUCAAACUCUUCAAUUACUCAGUCUCCUAUAGGUUGGCAACUCUCACACUUUCUCUCCUUGCUCCAUCCCGGUGCUAAAGGCAGGACGAACAUGGAGCUCCGAGAGAAAUUCAUUCUCCCGGAGGGCCCCACGCAGGUGAUGGCGAGCUUCCGGUACAGGGGUCGGAGGUCACGGCCUUCUUCCAGAGCAGCCUCUCCGAACAGGUCCAACUCUAGUCAAAGUUGUCCUGUGCAGCCAAACCCUGUUGUGACAGGCACUCCCAAGACUCCCCAACAUUUAACCCGCAAUUAUGAUAAACCGUGGCUGACAAACAGCAAAUGCUCCACGCCUCUUAAAUCCUCCGACUCCUUUGAGAGCCAAGGUUCAUCUACAGAGAGCACGCCCAUACAGGGCAGCAAGCUACGGCUUCCCGGCUAUUUGUCGGGGAAAGGAUUUCAGUCCGGGGAGGAGGGGACCUUGAUCGCCGCUGCUGUGACGAAGGCGAGAUCGCAGGCGAUAGAUUUGAAAAAGACACCCAGUCGACCAGGAAGCAAAGCCGGCAGCCGAGGGAGCAGCAGAAGGGGAAGCGACGCUUCAGAUUUCGACAUCUCCGACAUCCAGUCGGUCUGCUCCGACAUGUCCGAGACUGUGGCCGACUCCGGCCGACCGGGGCCCCGUGGUGGCCCCCGCCCCCACGCGGGAAAGCCCUCCAAAAUCCCGACACCGCAAAGGCGAUCGCCUGCUGCUAGCAAGCUGGCCAAGACCUCCAGGAGAUAGUCUGGAUCUGGAGGACCCCGUGGUGGGAAGGAAAGGGCAUUCGGCCCAUCUACACAGACACGCUGCACAAUACUACAUGUGCGUUGAUUACUUCAAAAACAACAAAAAAAAAAACUGCAAGAUGUAAAAUAUCAUUGAGGAAAAAGAUUGUUUAAUAUUGAGCGAGAUUGGAAUGCUAAUGGCCUUGUGUAUUUGUCUUGUAUUUUAUUUUAUGUGAAUAAUGUUAUGUCAAAUUAUAAUUAUUAUUAUUAUUUUAUUGAUGCCAUACCUGGAAAGGUUAGCAAAAUUUAAAAAAAUGAAAAAAAAAAAAAAACGAAAACGAAAGACUGUUGUAAGGCAAACUAACAAUUUUACACACGUAAGUAACGGUAAACACUAUAUUUAUUGCUCUGGAGCGUUGCUGAAUGUACAGUACUUUCCUGGAAGCGAACCUGCACACCAAGUACAGCACAGGGCCGUACUCAAGAGUGGACAAAGCAGUUAUUGAAAUCUAUUUAACAUGCAAAUACGAGCUACCAAAAUGCAUUACAAGGGCAAUACAGUACACCUUACGCGAAACACCAUGUGAUUUUUAGCCUAAUGUUAACGUGAUGAUAAGGAACUCGUGCUCCAAUACGGGGGCCUUGAGCACCUAUUUACCUGCGCCUGCCAUUUGUGUUCUGUUUGACUCCCCUUACAGCAUUGUGUGCCAUUUUACUUUCUUUCAAAAAAAAAGGCAACGUUGUGGCUCUAACUAGUAGACUUUAUUAAGUGCAUUUGAGUCAAUGUGUGGUUCAUUUUGCUAUGAUGGACAGAAACACUGUAACCCUUUUGUAAUAAAUCUGCUUGCGGAAAGCUACCACAGUACAACACAUUUCACUUUCUUCCAUCA